GAGAGAAAGAGAGAGAAAAAAGUUAAAGAACAGGAUUCAUGUUUUAAAACUAGCUGGAAAGAGUUCUCCUCCGCGUGCAUUCAGCAGGAUGGAUUACACAUAAUGAGCAUGAUUUAAUUAGCAAACCCGUGGAAUCCGAGAGAGGAGUGUUUUAAUGUAUUUCUGCAUGGUAAUGCGUCGUUAUUGCUCAGCAAACAAGCUCGAGGUGAGAUGGGGACUCGAGUGUGCGCGCGAGAGCAGCAGUAACACCCAUCAGAUCCGGAUCUGACACGAGGACUGAGGAACUUCAGCUGUUGUGAGCUGGAGUCAGUCUGAUGCUGGAAUAAAAUCAGCCAGCAAUGCGGAGAAAGGGAUGAAUAGUAACUGUGCGAGCGCAUCACAGCACAACGUGCACGUGCGAGCUGAAAAUGAGCAGGGCAGCGCAAAACCAAUGGGCUUAAAACGGAGCUCAUCGAUGAAGACCAGGGUGACCUGCUAGACUGUGUAUCUGUGGAGUGCACAGCCACGCACCAUGUACCAAGAGGUGGCUUUCCUCGCAGGCAGCACCGAUCAUCAGUUUACCUCCUUCCACUUUAACCCUUUGGAGAAUCCGCGUGAAAUCAGCAGCAAAAAAGGUGUGUUUUACAAGCGUGCACAAUUGCAGUGCAAGCCCGGGGUACAGGAGGACGAGGUGCACCGGAAUCAAGGACCUGGAGCGGAUGAGGGUGCUUUAGUCGACCGCACCGCCAUCAUCAACGUGGGCGGCAUUCGUUAUCGCAUACCAUGGUCCACUCUUGAGGAGUUCCCAUUGACGCGUUUGGGGAAGUUACGCAGCUGCAGCAAUGCCGAGGAAAUCCUCGAUUUGUGUGAUGACUAUGACGCGCACUGCAACGAGUUCUUCUUCGACCGAAGCCCCAGCGCCUUCCGCUCCAUCGUCUCGUUCCUGGCGGCCGGGAAGCUUCGUCUUCUGCGGGAGAUGUGCGCGCUCUCCUUUCAGGAGGAACUGAUGUAUUGGGGUGUGGAGGAGGCCAGUCUGGAGUGGUGCUGCUUGAGGAAGCUCCGUCUUCGGCAGGAGGAGCUGCGAGAGAGACUCCGGCUGGAGGAAGAGGAGGCUGAGCUGACCUCGCCCCAGUCCUGUGAGGAGGCGCCCUGCGUCGGGAGCCCAGAGGAGGAGCGUCUGGACGGUUGCAUGCACAGCCUUAGAGACAUGGUGGAGAACCCUCACUCUGGGAUCCCUGGGAAGAUCUUUGCUUGCCUCUCUGUGCUCUUUGUGGCCAUUACGGCAGUUACACUGUGUGUCAGCACCAUGCCUGACCUGAGGGAGGAGGAGGAGAGGGGUGAGUGCUCCCAGAGGUGUUACAACAUCUUUGUGCUGGAAACAGUCUGUGUGGGCUGGUUCUCCCUGGAGUUCCUGCUCCGUUUCAUCCAGACUCAGAGCAAGUGGGCAUUCUUACGCACACCCCUCAACAUCAUUGACGUGGUGGCCAUCCUGCCCUAUUACAUCACUUUGAUAGUGGACUCACUGUCCGUAAGCGACCGUCCCACUGGCUCUGGAAACAACUACCUGGAGAAGGUGGGAUUAGUCUUGCGAGUUCUUCGAGCAUUGCGUAUCUUCUACGUGAUGCGUUUAGCACGUCACUCAUUGGGGCUGCAGACGCUUGGCUUGACCGUACGUCGCUGCACUCGAGAGUUCGGACUGCUCUUGCUGUUCCUAUGUGUGGCCAUGGCACUGUUCUCUCCGCUGGUCUUCCUGGCGGAGAGCGAGAUGGGCGCCAAGCAGGAGUUCACCAGCAUCCCUGGGAGCUACUGGUGGGCCGUCAUUUCGAUGACCACGGUUGGAUACGGUGACAUGGUUCCUCGGAGCAUUCCAGGCCAGGUGGUGGCGCUCAGCAGCAUCCUGAGUGGAAUCCUGCUCAUGGCAUUCCCAGUCACAUCCAUAUUUCACACUUUUUCACGGUCCUACCUAGAGCUUAAACAGGAACAGAAUCGGGCCACACGGCACAAGCCCGAUUCACAAGACAGCACCAAGUCCCAAAACAGUGAGGAUUCACAGGACACUGACAGUUCCUUACAUGGAAUCACAGAGACCGUCGCAGUUGGUGUGCAUCACCGCAGAUCCGUCGCUGUGGCAAGUCAAGGAGCACCACAGGUCAGGAGAUCUCUAAAGUCGUAAUGCAAACUGCUGACUGUAAGACUAAAGAAAAAAACAUGUACAAAGACAUGCUACAGGUGAUCGGCCAUAAAUAGUACCUGUAUAAUCAGGUGACUUGACAAUAAUAGACAGUGGGAAAGGGAUGUUAAAAUGGACAGGUUUGAAUGUCCAAAGCACAAAUAUUGAAAGAGUUAUUUCACCCUAAAAGGAAUGUUCUGUCAUCAUUUACUAACCCUCAUGUUGUUCCAAAUGCGUAUGACUUUAUUCUUCUGUAGAAAACAAAUGAAAAUGUUUAGCACAAUGCUAAUUGUUUUUAUGUAAAGAAAGUGAAUGGAGACUGGAUCUAUAAAC